AUGUCCGAAUUCCCGCCAGGGCCUGUACGGUCUACGUACCAGCAGAAAUCCUCUUUCAUAGGUCCCAACAUCUUCUGGCAGCCAACUGUGCUGGAGAGGAAUACCAAUCCUUACCCAGCGUUUGACUGUAGUCAUCAAGCUCAAGUCUUGGCCGAGAUGGAGGUACAAGAGAAGCUUCAAGCCUACCUGGAGAAACACCACAAGAUGACUGCACUCCAAAAAAUCAAUGAUCCUCCCAGAUCGGAGUCUGAGAAACUGGUGGCCACACCAAAACUUGUACAUGCUACUGAAAAAUUGUGCUAUGCCCGGUCCAGAAUUCAUACUCAGGAAGAAAUAUUGGAGGAUGCCGUGGAACCUAGGGAGAUCCGGAUACAGAUCUUGUCUCCUGAUGCACAGGAGGAUCAGGUUCUGAAUCUGGGAGAGGAUCUGAGCAUUAUAUAUGUUACAGAGACAGAUGUGAGGGGUGAUGAGCAAAGUAUAAAGGACAUUACUACAGAUAACCGUCCAGAUGACUGCACCAGGAGCUCAGAAGAACAUGUGAUAAUUUCCGAUUUUAAAACAGAUGAUCAUGCUGUGGUUCAAGAUAGAUAUGAAGAAAAUGUCAUUAUUCCAGAUGUAUCCUCAUCCCUUCACAGAAAAUAUCUGUCAUCUGAUCUUUUUAAACAGGUCCAAUCUUCUGAUUCAUCACAGACUGUAACACAAAAUAAAGGUCAUAGAAGGGGUGAUAAACAUAAAAGAUCUCACACAGAGGAGAAACCAUUUUCAUGUCCAGAAUGUGGGAAAUGUUUUAAAAAAAAAUGUAACCUUGUAACUCACCAAAGAAUUCACACAGGGGAAAAACCAUUUUCAUGUCCAGAAUGUGGGAAAUGUUUUAAAAAAAAAAUUAACCUUGUAACUCACCAGAGAAUUCACACAGGGGAAAAACCAUUUUCAUGUCCAGAAUGUGGAAAAUGUUUUACAGAAAAAUCACAUCUUCUAUCACAUCAGAGAACUCACACAGGAGAGAAGCCAUAUUCAUGCUCAAAAUGUGGGAAAUAUUUUCUCCAGAAAUCAGCUCUUAAUAGACAUCAAAUAACUCACACAGGGGAGAAACCAUUUUCAUGUCCAGAAUGUGGCAAGUGUUUUGCUCAGAAAUCAGCUCUUGUUUUACAUCAAAGAACUCACACAGGGGAGAAACCAUAUUCAUGUUCACAAUGUGAGAAAUGUUAUACUUCUAAAUCAGAUCUUGUUGUACAUCAGAGAAAUCACACAGGAGAGAAGCCAUUUUCAUGUUCAGAAUGCGGAAAAUAUUUUAAUAAUAGAUCCAAUCUUAAUAGACAUCAAAGAAGUCACACAGGAGAGAAGUCAUUUUGGUGCACAGAAUGUGGAAAAUGCUUUAAUCAAAAAUCCAAGCUUGUUUACCAUCAAAGAACUCACACAGGAGAGAAGCCAUAUUCAUGUUCAGAAUGUGGUAAGUGUUUUAUUAAUAGAUCAAAUCUUGCCCAACAUCAAGGAAUUCACAUGAAGAAGAAGCCAUAUUUUUGCUCAGAAUGUGGGAAACGUUUUGCAGAUAUUUCAGAUCUUGUUACACAUCAGAGAAUUCACACGGGGGAGAAACAAUUUUAAUUUAUGUUAUGUAAAAACAUUUUUUAAAUGUAUGUUAUGUAAAAAAAAUCCGGUGUAAUUGUACAUCAAAGAAGAAGACGUGGAAAAUCACAUAUUCUUAAAAAUCUAUAUAUCCAUAGAA